GUUUGCGUUAAAUAUUGUAUAGGUAAUCAUAUAUUGUUAUAUUUUGUAGGAGAACUGUACAUACUUAGAGUUAAAACAAAUAAUGCGAAGGGUCACGCUUUUUGUUAACGGCUCCACCAAAAAUGGCAAGGUUGUAGCAGUUUAUGGGACUCUGGCUGAUCUGCUAUCCGUCGCCAGCAAUAAACUUGGAAUCAGGGCCACUAACUUGUACAAUGGGAAGGGAGGCCUCAUCGAUGAUAUAGCCCUAAUCAGAGAUGAUGAUGUUUUAUAUGUGUCGGAGGGAGACACCUUUAUUUACCCUCAGAAUGAAGGGAGGGCUGCAGAUGACUUUGGAAGCUCCCAUAGUGAUUGGCUGACUUUAAAUAUUGGUGGUCGGCUGUUCACGACAACACGGAGCACUCUUGUGAGUAAGGAGCCUGACAGCAUGCUGGCCCACAUGUUUAGAGAAAAGGAUGUGUGGGGGAACAAGCAAGAUGAGCGAGGAGCCUACCUCAUCGACCGCAGUCCAGAGUACUUUGAGCCGAUCCUGAACUACCUGCGACACGGUCAGCUUAUAGUCAAUGAAGGAAUCAACCUACUGGGUGUACUGGAAGAAGCUCGGUUCUUUGGAAUCGAGCAACUAGCAGAGCAAAUAGAAGUUGCUAUUAAGAACUCCCACCCCCCUGAGGACCACUCGCCCAUCUCCCGAAAAGAGUUUGUGCGAUUUCUGCUUGCCACACCAACCAAGUCAGAGCUGCGCUGUCAGGGGCUAAACUUCAGCGGAGCAGACCUGUCCCGGCUAGAUCUGCGCUACAUCAAUUUUAAGAUGGCCAACCUGAGCCGCUGCAACCUUACCUGUGCCAACUUGUGCUGCUCCAACCUUGAAAGGGCCGACCUCUCCGGGGCCAAUCUGGAUGGUGCUAACCUGCAGGGUGUUAAGAUGCUGUGUUCGAAUGCCGAAGGGGCUUCACUAAGAGGCUGUAACUUUGAGGACCCAUCAGGACUUAAAGCCAACCUAGAGGGGGCCAAUCUGAAGGGAGUGGAUAUGGAGGGCAGUCAGAUGACCGGUAUAAACCUGCGUGUGGCCACGCUGAAGAAUGCCAAGCUGAAGAAUUGUAACCUGCGAGGAGCAACUCUAGCUGGCACAAAUCUAGAGAACUGUGACCUGUCAGGCUGUGACCUCCAGGAAGCCAAUCUGCGGGGCUCCAACGUGAAAGGAGCCAUCUUUGAAGAGAUGCUAACUCCACUGCACAUGUCCCAGAGUGUGAGAUAACCAAGCUGAGAUGUCAGCCAACGAAUGUUACAUUCUCUUUUAUAAAUGUAUGCAAUACUGGCAUUCCUUCUCCCCAUUCCAGCUUUAUUCUUGCACAGGUGCACAGCCAGGGUCUUCAAAUAAGUGAAAGAUUUUUUUUUAGGAUUACAGAUACAGUCCACUCUAGAAUUGAUGACAUUCUUCAGGAAAAUGGGCAAAUGUGUGGCCUCACCUAUACAUAUAAUUAAAAAAAACUCUUUGUCUUUGCUGUAACAGACAUUGUUAGUACAAUUUAUCCUCACGAAUAUUUAAAAUAAUUGCAAACAUUUCUGUUCUUUACCUCCUCAAAUCUACCUCCCUCAAUGAAUACUUUGCGAAGGACUUUGCCCUUUCAGUCCUUCGUUGUUGUUACAGAUCCUCAUGUAAAGACUUAGGAACAUGGUGGAUAAAGGAAAGGUGAUUUACCAGACUGCGGUCACAUAAUGGAGAUAAGCAUUUGUGUGGCUGUAGGAUAUUCGAUAAUUGGGAUAGGUUUUAUUUAUAUGUUUAUAUCUUAUAAUGCCUUUAUUUCUUAUUAGUUGUCAUGUAACUUAGGGCUGGGUGAUGAGCAAAAUUACUUUUUCCCUAGACAAAAACAAUAUUUGUGGAACACUUAUGCUUGCACAAGGUUGCUGUUGCUAUCUGGUGUCAUGUCAGUCAGUUCCAUGGUAAUGAUGGUCUCACAGGGCCAGCCCAACACAGGCUUAUUGAAACCCAUCCCUGUUAAACAUGGGAGACAAUUGUAGAAAAAAAAAUGUAUGCAGCUGGCCACAUAGCAUUCAUUCAGGUCUAGUAAUGUAGCAUUAUAAAGCAUCAGUCAGAUAUAUCUAUAAAAUAUUCUAGCCUAGGGUUAUUUGUUUUUACUCAACCAAAAAGGGUUAAAAUGGGUGCUUGACUUCAGCUAGUGCUUCCUUGGGAAUUAUUAUAUACUCAAAUGCUUUUUGCUGAUGUCUUACCUAUUCUUUGCUAGUAAUGCUUAAUUUGAGUGCUACAGGUCAACGCCAAUAUUAGUUCACCUGAAGCUCUGGUUCCUUAUUCAGUGCUUUUGUAUUAAUCAUGUGAAAGUCUUAAAUCCUAUUAAUCUCAUGUUUACUAUGUACUCUGUGACUCAUUUCGUGUCUAUCGCUGACCUGGAUUAUUGCUGCAUGGUGAAACCCAGCCAUUGAGUUUUGAAAUAAGCUCUGACAAGCUUAAAGCUAUGAUAAACCAUUAUGACAUGCUGUUAUUACUCUAUGUAAUCAUAGGUACUCUUGUUAAAUGAAGGCAAUCAAAAGCAGACUUUUGCACUUUAAGUGUGAGUCUCUGUGUAUAUCAGACCUGAAAUGGGUGCAGGCUAUUUAUUUAUGUAUGUAAGCAGACUGUAUUUAUGUCAAGUGCAAGAGAAGAGAUGGCUCGUCUUUCUCCUCACUAUAUCUUGCACUUAAUAUGACGGAAGUGAAUUUCCAUAAACUGACUGUUAUAAACAAA